GAUCUCUUGUUCAUCAGCGGUGGUUGAAGCCGAGACCGCGCCUUCCUUCAUCCAUCCAAAGCUACAAAAUCACGCAUGGAGACCCAAAAGAAAGGAACUUGCAAUGGGGUGUUCCUUGGAUGUCCUGGCAAUGGAAAGGGAACCUACAGUGAGCCGCCUGUUGAAGCUAGGAACUUGCCUCCUUGAGCCCCUUCUUAUCCCAACAAGUUCGUUUCUUUUGCUCGAAUUUAAUUGUUCUGCUUUUCGAUUUGAUGAAAUUACAGAAGUAUGAUAUCAUAUGUGAAUCUUUUGUCUGAACAAACAUCCUGAGAAUGGGCAGAUUCUUACAUUUUUUUAGCAGCUUAAGUAAAACAUCAAUUCUAAU